AUGGGUUUCACCGACUUUACCUCUGACGCUGGCCUUACUAUUGCCAACAACUUCCUGGCUACCAGGAGCUACAUUGUUGGCUACGGCCCCUCCCAGGCCGAUGUUGUGACCUUCAAGGCUUUCACGGGCGCUCCUGACGCUGAGAAGUACCCUCACGUCGCUCGCUGGUACAAGCACAUCGCUUCCUACGAGUCGGAGUUCUCUACCCUCCCGGGAGACCCUUCUAAGCCUUACACUGCCUACGGGCCCGAGUCGACGGAGCUUCCGUCCAACCCGAAGGAGAAGGCUGGUGACGAUGAUGACCUCGACCUCUUCGGCAGUGAUGAGGAGGAAGAAGACCCUGAGGUCGUCAAGGAGCGUGAGGCUCGCCUUGCUGAGUACAAGAAGAAGAAGGAGGGCAAGCCCAAGGAGGCCGCCAAGUCCCUUGUCACCCUGGAGGUGAAGCCAUGGGAUGAUGAAACCAACCUUGAGGAGAUGGAGGCCAACGUUCGCGCCAUCGAGAAGGAUGGUCUUGUCUGGGGUGCCUCUAAGCUCGUCGCCGUUGGUUACGGUAUCAAGAAGCUGCAGAUCAACUUGGUCGUUGAGGACGAGAAGGUCUCUCUGGAUGAGCUUCAGCAGCAGAUUGAGGAAGACGAGGACCACGUCCAGUCUACCGACAUUGCCGCUAUGCAGAAGCUGUAA